AUACCGAACACACAACUCUGAAUUUUCUCCAUUUUUAUAGACUUUUCUUGGUUCUUUCACCCAAAAAUAAUCUCUAACGCCUUGUUCCGUAAUUAAAUGAUCUCAUAUCUCUCAUUGAUUAGUAUUAAAAAUAUAAAGAUCGGUUCCUUUCUCUCCACUACUAGUGAGAUCGAUUCCUGAAGGAAAAAAAAAGAAGAAGAUGGGGAGAUUGUUCUUGGUGGAAUUGGAAGGCAAGUCCUACUGUUGUCGUCACUGCAAAACUGAUAUAGCCCUCUGCGAUGAUGUCGUCUCCAAGUCUUUUCAAUCACGCCAUGGGAAAGCUUACCUCUUCAGUAAGGUAGCGAAUGUGUAUACUGGGAAGAAGGAAGAUAGGAUGAUGAUGACUGGAGUGCACACCGUUUUCGAUAUUUACUGCGUCAAAUGCGGCUCUUAUGUUGGAUGGAGAUAUGAGUUUGCUUUUGAGAAGAGCCAAAAGUACAAGGAAGGCAAAUCUGUUCUCGAAAGGUACAAGGUUUGGGGUCCGGAUGGGAACAAUUACUGGGUGGCUCAAGAAGUUGAAGCUGGAGAUAGUGAUACUGAUGAUUGAUUGAUGAAUAUGCUUUAUCUCAAAUAACUCAUUAUCUGAUUUGUACAUUCUCUCCUCCUCUCUCAUAUCUUCUAUCAUUCUUUUCAAUCUCUUUUUCCUCAUUUUCUGAACCAUCCAUCUUCCAUUAGUACACCUUCAGAGAUCAAAUGUUUGUGUUGCAACCACUUGUAGAACACAUACAUUAUCUUAUUUAUCAAAGCUUUAACUUCGUUUCCAAA